AUGUCGCGCGACGCGGCGGCACAGAGAGCGCGGGCGCCCUCUGGCCAGCUGUGCACUACUCGCUACAAAGGACCGCGCACUGGCGCACAACGCGACGGCACGCGUGUUCCACAGCAACCAGAGCCUGGUGCUGCAGAAGGUGACGCGCCACAGCUCCGGCCGCUACGCCUGCUCGGCGCUCAACGCAGAGGGGGAGACCGUCUCCAACGAGCUGCUCUUCAGGACGCGCCGUCGUGCCGGUCGAGCGGAGUGUCGGUGGUGGGUGCGGCGCGGGGGGAGUCCGUGGUCAUCGUGUGCGAGGUCGACGCCGACCCUCCCGCCGCCGUCUUCAAGUGGAAGUUCAACAACUCCGGCGAGACGCUCGACGUCGCCGCCGACAGAUACACCUCCAACGGCAGCGCCUCCAGCCUCAAGUACACUCCGGUGGCAGACCUCGACUACGGCACGCUGUCGUGCUCCGCGUCCAACGAGGUGGGCGCGCAGCUCGCUCCCUGCGUCUUCCAGAUGGUGGCGGCAGGCAAGCCGCACGCGCCCCGCAACUGCACGCUGUGGAACCAGACGGCGGAGUCGGUGGAGGUGUCGUGCGUGGCGGGCUUCGACGGCGGCCUGCCGCAGCGCUUCCUGCUCGAAGUGUACUCCGACAGCGCCGUGCCCAGAGGCAAUCUGGGCUCUCAAGCUGCGCCCCGGUGA